GUUUAGUUGUUUUAUUAGACAGAAGUUAGGCGUUCCAUAUAUUGACUUACAAAUUGCAGUAGGUUUGAAGUCUUACUCAAGUUUCGCCUGUCUGACUUUUAUUUUCACACUCGUGUUGCUGAUAAUUGCUAUCGAUUGCUCUUCUUGUUAAAAUUUCAGCAUUAAAAUAUGCCACUUCCUAAACAUACAGUUCAACCGGUCAAACUCAGUCAGGUAAUUGUCCCGAAUGGCAUCGACAAUGAGUUGGAAUUUGUUGUUAAUUCCACGGUCUGCAAUGUCAUGAGACAGAUAGCAUCAGUUAGCCGAUUGGCCAACACCAUGUUCGAAGAACUCACUACCGAUUUUUCUCGACUAGUUGAGCGGACUGUUCGUCUGCAAAAUCGUCUGGGAAAACUUCAUGAAGAUAUGCAAAUGGCGCGCAGCGGUGACGAAGACCUUACUGCUGGAGUACAAGAAGUUGAGAUUCCGGUGUUCUCUAGCAAAAAACCAACUGAUAGCCAGGUAUUAAAUCAAAAUACCAUACCUCCUUCUAUGCGGUCACAAUAUGAUCAAGCAGAAGCAGCUCCAGCACUUCAACAAAUGGAUGAACUCAGAGAUGAUAAGAAAACUAGCAUGAGGUUGUAUUCAGAUCCCAGCUUUUUCUUUGAUUUAUGGAGUCAGGAAAUGUUACAAGAUCGCAAACAUAAAAGAGCCGCCAAGAAAAAAAGACCAAAAGGAAAGGGAAAAGCUACUCCACUUAAAAGUGGAUCUAAUCAGGGAGCUCAGAAACCUCAACUUAUCAUUCAGCAACCAGGAGUUGGUGGCCAUAAACUUCCUGCACCGUUAUUCGAACAAAACGGUCCUGUUAAUGCCAGUUCUCAUAUGGAUAGGAAUGUCAAUAUUGUCAACGGUAAACCCACCCAGCAUCAGUUUCUAAAUAAUGGGGAUUUCGGAAAUCCUUCAUUACCUCCUCCGCCACCUCCACCAAAUGCUCUUCAUUCGUCAACACAAGUUGAUAAUGUACAGGAUUUUCGACACGCAUCUAAUCAAAAGAGUGGUUAUUCCCCAACUAAACCUGACCUUAGUGGUGUUAAUCAGUUUCCUUCAGUUACCAACAACAUUUGUAGCAACCAAGACCCUUCACCAGCUCAUCAGAUGACUCUUCCUGACCCUCCCGCACUCCAUACACAGAUGACAUCUCUUAUUUUACCACCACCACUUCCUCCAGCGUUCUUGAGCGACGGAGAGUUAAAAGUCUCAGAUAUGAACGAAAAUUCACAUCCAAAUGAUGUAGCUGCUAGCAGAGACCCAACUGGAAAAGAUGGGGAUGAUAGGAUAUCAUCACCCACACAAAUGCAUGAUGGCAAAGAGAAACAGUCUCAGUAUAUUAAUUCUGUAGGUAUGGAAUCGUCAUCAUCGGCACCACACAAUCUUCCUCCACCUCCUCCCGCGCCGAUUUUCGAGGCGAAGAACUUCAAUGAGCCUUUUAAACCCAACAAACAGCCUAGCGAGUCGGAUACUUGUGAUCAUAUAUCCGCUUCUUCGACCCUUCCUCCUCCAGUGACACCUUUUGUUGUUUCGCCACCUCAAACAUCUAUUCUAUGCUCAUCUACACAACCUCCACCACCCCCACCUCCACCUCCCUUCAUACCAAACCAGAAAGUUGGGUCUGAAAGUCCAAGCAAUCAAGCAGCUUUAUCAACUAAGAACACUAUCCCACGAUGCAGUGUACCUCAGUGUCCUCCUGCAGAUUUGCUUUCUGCUAUACGCGCUGGCUGUCAGUUACGCAAAGUGGGUGAACGAAAUCUUCCCGAUCAAUCGAAAUUUAGCCGUGCAAAUAGUUUAUCAACUCUGGUAAACAAACCUAAGGAUGUUCAAUACUCGUUCUACUGUCUACGAAACUGUAAUUAAUUAGUUUGAAUAAUAUCCUUAUUAUCAACGGGAGUUAUCUGGAAUAUCCCUAGAAUCAGGAAGCAUUGUUUUUCAAUUGUCCUAGGUGGAUCCUGCAUGUCCACCAAUCCUGUUAAAUCACCGGACCACUCACUUUCCGUCCUUUCAAUUUCGUAAAUAUCACCCCCGCUACACACAUCCAAGGGUCCCAUUGCUUUCUCUUUCUGCGAUUUAUGAAGCUGUUAGGCGUCGUCGGGAAUGUAUGGAAAAUAAUUCCUCGGAAGAUGACGAUGACGACAAAGAUGCAGACAGUAAUUCUUCCGGUUGGGAGGACUAGCUCUUAUCUAUCGUAACAAAAAAUGUAUUAGGGCAUGUACCAGUUUCGUUUUUAUCUUCUGCCAGUAACACGUUUUUUUUAACACAAUGCCCAUCUUUGUAUACUCACAUUUCUACUUACGUCUUUCUAUAACUUCUGGUUUUGCUUUGUUCAUGUUCUCAUAUUUUUCUUCGAUUAUUAUUUAUUAGCUGUAUAUAAAUGUACAAUUCUGUUCACAUAGGCAUAUACUUUUAUGUCUUCAUUAACGUAUGAUGUUUUCUCUGGUUACUUUACUUCAAUAAUUUGAGGUAAGUUAAAGUUUGGCAGACCAUAAUUAAAUUUUUGUGUCUUUCUGAUAAUCUGAAGGUUCUAUUACGAAGACCACUUCAAUAGAUUGUUACGCAUUGAUUUCGCAAAUUGUUAACCUCUUGAAAUUUUGUUUUGUUAACGAUUAUUGGUGGGAUAAUGUUAAAAUCCCUUUCUUUUGUUUUAGGAGUAUUACUAUGAUUGCUCAAAUCUCAUUGAAAAAAUAAAUCAGUUAUGAUUUCAUAGGUAACUGCUAGUCAUUAUUGAUCUAACAAUGCUUAAGAUAAAAAAAUACAUUAGACUAACUUCUCAUUAAUAAUUUGUGUCCAAUGACAUAUUGAUUGUUUUAUUAUAUGUACAAUUUCAGGGUUGAUUUAAUUGUACUCAUUUCCUAACAAUCAUGAGACUAAAAUCAAGUUCAAUUUUAUGUGUCUGGUUAUCCUGCAGUCAAAAUAUUAUUAUUACCACUUUAAAGAAUAGUUUUUCUUUCUGCUGUUCUUUGUCCCUUUGGUAAGCAACUAUAUUCAUUUAUUUCUUAUGUUCCGGUGAUUGCGAUCGAUGCGAUUUUACUUCUCGUUUUAAUUGUAGUUGAACGAAAUACCAUCGUUUUACCAAAACAUUUAUAUGCAUAUUUUUUGUUGGUUUCAGUUGCUUUAAUGCUGUUCAACUCAUACAAGUAUGGAUGUCAUUAAUCCCUAAAUAUCUUAUUUACAUUCAUUUUUCAGAAUUUUACUAAUUUUAAGUAAGGUUUACGGUCCGUAAUAAUCUGUUUGCCUCUGAAUAAUAUUUCCCCCUACUGAUUUCUUAACUUACAUGUUGCUAAAGUGAUUUUUACAGCUUUUUUUCGACUUAAAUAUAGACUGUGGUUAUGUGGUCUUAUCUCCAUUUAGUCAUAGACAAUCCGUAACUUUCAGUUUUUUUUAUUAGUUAAAUCGUUUCUGUAAGAUGUAUGUUGAUCUCAUGUCGUUAACUUGUUUUACGUUGCGAUAGACCUGUGCAUCUAUUUGCUGGCUAGUGUGAAUACGAAGAUAUUCGUUGUCGUAAUGAAUAGAACUGUUUCUGAUGGCUAUUAUUCAAUAAAAUUUGUAUUGCUUCAAUAGUUUCUUCAAAAUAUCCUUUAGACCUUUUGUUUUGCGUAUUUAUAACAUGUCAUUUAAUGUAUCCCAGUACUUUAAUACAUCUUGGCUUUCAUUUUGAAAUUAGAUGUGCUUUAUACAGAUCUGUUAACAAUAUAAACGAAAUCGUGCAUGCACGUAGUCUUCUACUGACGAACUGUAUUGUUUAGCUGAUAAUAUCAUAAGAUUCGGACCAAUUAAUUGCGAACUAUUUUGUGGGUUAAUUUGCUCUAAAUAAUCAAUAAAAUAACAGC